AUGGCUUUCCCACCACAAUACCGGGAGCCACCUCCCAGCUUGCCGAGUAUCUUGUCCUCCGGCCCUGGGCGUUACAACCUCCACCACGACAUGCAAUUCACAAGUAGUCCUGCAAUUUCUAUACGUGGCAUCGACUCGAAAGACGACGUCCCUCCUCCUUUGCCUCCGCCUCGCCAUCUCCCAUUCUCGGAGGGCGCACCACAAAUGGAAGAAUUGAAACAAGACCUGCGAGACUACGGCCGUUCUGGUUCCUCCAUACAAAGCGGCUACGGCAGCAUGCACUCCAACUCGUAUAUUGACGAGAGACCAAGUUAUAAAAGAAGAGACACGGGAAGCAGCAUCAAUGGCGAUGAGGGCUACGCAAGCUACAAUGCGACUGAAAGGUUUGUAGCUGCCACGAGCCCUACGCAUGACUUGGUCGAAAGAGACGGUUACAAUGGCAACUUUGACACUGACUUCACCACCAGUUCCCGGGACUCUCGACCUGCAGAAUUCUUGCACCGCAGCAAGUUUCACUUUCAGACCGCGGCUGACUGGCAUGGUGACAGCAUGAAGAAGAUGUUGGACCCAAUCCGCACGUUUGACCGGCCACCACGUUCUGUGGCAUCAUCGGCAUUGAGCGAGCAAGUACGACGACAACCUGACCCUCGAGCCCCUACUCUGAGCAUGCCUGUCCAACUCCCCAUUCACACCAGAUCGCCUCUUGAUUCGCCUGGCAGAAUGACGGACACUCCCAUCUUCUCUGCUGGUUCUCCUCGAUCUGCCCCGUUUCGACACUUCCCUGGAGAACACCGUAUCCUCAAGGAUGGACUAGAGUACGAACGCUCACCAAGAGGGCGGUCACGGCGGAACAAUAGCGACGAUGCGUCGUCCACCCAUGGUGGCUAUGAUUUCACUGGCGCAGAGGACAUGGAGAUUGAUGAAGCUUCGUCACCCAAGAGGCUGCACCCGGACGAAGCUUACGCAACCACUGGUCAUAAGCGAAGAGCAGCUAGUCCUCCAGCGGGGGACCACUUGGUUCACGGCACUCCCAGUGAUGUUCGCCGACGAGACCUUGGGUCACGCGGUUCUCCAACACCUCGACUCACUGUCAUGCCACAGACCUCGUCUUUAUCGUCCUUGUCAUCUGCGGCUGUUUCCCGAUCUAACUCGUACAUUUCCACCAUGUCCAUGGCCCCGUCUAGUGCCACAACGACCACCUCAUUUAGCCGUCGGUCCCCCGGUGCUGCCUCGCCAGGAGGCGUCUCACCUACGUCUUGCAACUCGCCUUACACAACUCCUGCUUCAUUGAACCACAGUCCACGAAACUCAAUAUCCGGCCGGGGAAGUACGCAUGGGCGCACUGUCUCUGCCACAAGCCCCAGAAAAUUGGCGGAUAUUCAGAAACCUGCUGGCUCCAAGGUUCAGCGAGUUUUCAUGUGUGAAUGUUGUCCCAAGAAGCCGAAGAAAUUCGAGACUCCCGAAGAGCUCAGUGCUCAUGAAGCCGAGAAGCAGUAUGAGUGUUCAUUCUGCGGCAACCGUUUCAAAAACAAGAAUGAAGCCGAGCGACACCAGAACUCACUUCACGUUCGUCGCCAUUCAUGGUCAUGUUCAGCCCUCUCCUCAUAUGACCGGGCAUUCCACGAUUCGCCAAAUCGGCCAGGAGAAGCAGAUACGUGCGGAUACUGCGGCGAGGAGUUUCCCCGAUCAGGAAGAGGCCCUGGAAAUGGAUCUUUGACAGGAGGCAUAACGCCAAAGAUUGCUACCGAGCAAGACUGGGAUGAACGAAUUCGUCACCUUCAAGAAUCCCACAAGUUCAGAGAAUGCAACUCUUCCAAGAAAUUUUAUCGGGCAGAUCAUUUUCGGCAACACUUGAAGCACAGUCAUGCUGGAACUAGCGGUAAAUGGACAAACAUGCUUGAAAAUGCCUGCAUGAUGGAUGAAGAUCCUACGCCGCGAUGA